UAUAAAAAAGCAUCAAGAAGCAGUGGAAAAAAAAUCUGAAGAAACCAAUACCAAAACUAAUGCUGUUGGUAAUGAUUGCAGUCUUCCACUUGACACAAUUAUACAAUAUAAUAACAAGGACAGUAGCGAAAGUGAAAGUGAUGUUGAGAUGGUAGAAGAAAAUAUAACAAAAUCAAAGAAAAAGAAAUAUACCCAAAAGUUUAAAAUUGAAUGGAAGCAGAAGUGGACUUGACUUGAAAACAUAAAAGGAAGUUCUUACUGCACUCUGUGCAAUAAAACUUUAAUGGGUGGAAUAACACACUUAGAAAGACAUGCACAAAGUAACAUGCACAAAAAACAAGAAAUAUAUCUAUCUAAAGUAUCAAUGACAGAUUUGAAAAUAUUAUAUUCGAGAAAUACAACAGUACGAGUAGCUGAACUGAAACUAUGUAUGUUUCUUAGUGAGCAUAAUUUACCAUUUAGGAUACUACAGCAUUUGCCAAAGUUGAUUCAAAGUGUUUGCCCUGACUCAAACAUUGCUAAAGAAAUUAAAUGUAGCAGAACAAAGGGCACACAGAUUUUAAAAGAACAUGUAGCACCUUGUAGCAUGAUGGAAAUAUGUAACAUUUUAAAAACAACGAAGUUUUCACUAAUAAUUGAUGAAACAACUGACAUUUCUGUUAUAAAAAGUUUAGCUGUAGUUGUUCGAUAUUUUGAUACGAUAAAAUUAAUUAUUAGGGAUAGGUUUUUAACUUUAUUGGAAGUGAAAUCUUGCACAGCAGAAGAUCUUUAUAAUUCCAUAGCGUUUUUCCUUGAAACAAAUGGAAUACCUUUUGAAAAUAUGAUUGGAUUUGCUGCAGACAAUUGUGCUGUCAUGAUGGGCGAUUCCAAUGGAGUACAAGCCCGAUUCAAAAAAAAAAUUCCUAAUUUAUUUGUAUUAGGAUGUGUCUGCCAUUCUAUGCACUUAUGUUCAUCAGCUGCCUGCCUAAAGUUACCAUCAGCUAUGGAAGAUUUAGCAAGGGAUAUUUACAGCUAUUUUAAAAAUAGUUCAAAGCGUUUGAAUGAAUUUGUUGAACUUCAAACAUUUUUACAUUUAAAGCCACACAAAAUUUUAAAAGUCAGCCAAACUAGAUGGCUAUCAAUUGAAGCUGUUGUUAAUCGGAUUUUAGAACAAUGGACUGCAAUAGAAUUAUUUUUCACCCGUGCAGCUCUUGAGGACAACUUACAAUUAGCAAAGACAAUUCUCAAUGCUCUGAGAAAUCCUAUUUAUAAAAUUUAUUAUAGUUUUCUUUCCUUUAUUUUAGAAAUCAUUAAUAAAAUUAAUCUUUUAUAUAUUUCAAAGUAGGAAAUCUCUAAUUACUCAAUUAUUAACUUCAAUUGAAAAAUAUUAUAUUCUAAUUUUAAAAUGCUAUUUUAAGAACGAUUACAUCAAUAAUACUCCUUUAACUUUAAUAGAUCCUGCCAAUGUUAAAGAAUAUUUAGAGAUAAAUAAAAUAGUACUUUGGAGCAAAAACUGAAAUACUGUAUACAACUGUGAGCUCCACAGAACUUCAUUCUUUUAAAGUUAGAGCUUUAGAUUUUCUUGUAACAGUGUCGCAAGAAAUUAAAAAAAGAUUUGAUUUUAAAAAUAGAACACUAAGGUUAAUAGAAAUGCUUGACCCAAAAAACGCUUUAAGUGGAGAAUAUACAUCAAUUGUUCCUCUUAUUAACGAAUUUCCCAAUUGCGUUACAUUAAAUGAUUUGGAAGCUCUUAACUUAGAAUGGAGAUUAUUGCCAGAAUAUAAAGAAAAAUUGUCACAUUUUGAAGAAGCUGAACAAUUUUGGGUAAAAGUAGGUUCAAUAAAAGUAGGAAAUGAAUUAGUUUUCCAAGAUUAUAUAAAUUUGUCACAGCAAUAUUGUCUUUACCUCAUAGUAGUGCGACAACAGAGCGUAUUUUUUCUAAUCUCAAUCUGAUAAAAACUAAAAUCAGAAAUAGAUUGCAUAUACAAACAUGUAAUUCUCUUUUACAUGCCAAAGAAACAUUAUAUAAUACAGAGUGUUAUAAAUGGGA